UCGUGGAGCAUGUGAAGGCCCGCUUGCAGGAGGAGGGUCGAGAAGCACGGAAUCUAGUUGCUCCUCUUUCUCCAACUUCUCAAGCCUCACGUACGCCUUUGCUGUUAACAGAUGUUGGAAUGGGAGAAUCUUCUCUCUCUAGAAGAGGCUCCACGAAGCAGGAGAAACGAUCAAGAUCUGUUUCAGCUGGACGAAAUCCUCAUCAAUGCCUGCGUGCUCAGCACUGGGGGUUCUUUUUUUGCAACCUUCAGCAAGCUGUUGACCAGAUUUACCAGACCUGUGAGACUGACGAGUCUGUCAUUGAAUGCACAGAAGCCAUUUUGAUGCUUGAGCGUUACACAAAAGACUUCCGUAAGCUCAUCGAGUGGCUGCAGAUCAAGUGGGAGUAUGAGAACACGCCUCCCCCACAGCGACCAACCUCACUAGCCUGGGAGCAACCAAAAAUGCGAUCAGCUGGACCUCAGCCACAAGUGCGCGCACCGCGACCUGCAGCCCAGCCGCAGCAGUUUCUAGGUAUGCGACCAGAUCCAACGUGUCACAUGGCGAAAUCUGGAUCCCGAUCAUCGGACGGCAAACGCGAGGAUAAUGAGAGACGCAAACGUAGGAUUAUGAGGGAUGAUGUACAAUAUGAAGGUAAACUAGGAGAAAUAGUAGACCUUGUAAUUAAAAAUGGAAAACGCAGCACCGGCAUGCUUCAAAAGCAUUGCCAUGAAAUCAUAGAGCUCUCAGAAAAUGAAGGAAACCGCGUGUCAACCAUGGCCAUUAUGACAAUGGUGAAAGUCGAGGUCAAGAUUGAAAAUCUUUAUAGGACGAUGGACGACUUGGUAGAAGGCAUUUACAAUCUAAUACAUUGUACUACAUUGAUAAAAAAUGAGGUCAAAAGGGCCGUCAUCAAACAUAGCUGCAGCGCGACGGAAGAAAGAGUUGAAAAUUUAGAGAGGCAAAUAAAAGAAUUGAAGGAUCAAAACUAAAAGUUCGAUCGUACAAUAUUAUUCUGAAAUAUAUUAACUUAUUUUCCAAAACGCUUAAAAAUAUUUCGAGAGCGUAAAAAGUUAACGGAAGAACUUUUCGUCCACUAUAAAAAGCAAACAAGAAUAUUAAGGCAUACAAGAAUAUGAUUCUUACCCACAGAUUGUAACAAUGCUUUCCCUUCUCUUCGAUAACAUGCUAAGUCAUGCAUUGCAAGGAUUUAUGUCCUUUAUUUUUUUCUAAAUUCUUGCUAAACUAAGGCCUAAUGGACUAAUAUCGUGUCGGCUCCCGCCAUUCUAACGACCACGAGCCGUAAUUCGAUGACUCAAGAUUUCUCGUCUCCAUCGCCUCUAUAUUACAAGCACCAAGCACCGCAAUUCCUUCAAGACCCAACGUGACAAAAGUGAAUAUGUUUAAUGCGGCAUCGUC